AUGGCCUCUCAAAAAUAUCUCCAAAAAGCUCAGGAUUUGAUUAACACUCAUCCAUACCUUAUGUUAUCCAAAUCAUGGUGUCCAGACUGUCACUACACCUAUAGGAUUUGGGAUAGAUUCCAUGUUGCUGACAAAGUUCAUAUUAUUGAAUUAGACAAAUUCCCAGAUCAAAAGGAAGCAACUGAAUUGGAAAAGGCAUUUACAGAAAUUGCAGGAAGAAAAUGGGUUCCAACGUUGUUUUUUAAUGGAAAAAGAUUUGGUACUGAAGCUGAUUUAAAGAGAUGGGAUAGUGAAGAUAAAUUGGAAGAAAUAUUUAAACAAGAAAAGUUGAUUUAA